UCAAUGCUAUUUUGUAUCAUGAGAUUAUUUAAUCUUAUGUAUGAUAAAUAUUUACUUUACGUUAUCAAAUACUUGGAUGAUAACUACAAACUAGACAGUAAAUUAAAUGGGACUUUUCGAUUGCUGGCAAAACGUAAAUGCGAUAAGAAUUUAUGCAUUGUAGAGUUAAAAAAUGAGAUACCAAAUAAUGAAUUAAACGAACAAAUAUAUAUAUCUAAUAAUAAAAAAGCGGCCACAAGAACAUCGAUGCAACCAAAUGGAAGUUCACUGAAUAAUGUUAGAAGGAAUAAACAUGCUAAUAAAAAUAAAUGUUAUAUAUUUGAACGUUUAGAAAAAAAAAUAUUCAAAGAACUUGAUUAUGAAGAUUUUCUUAAAAAUAACAGAACAAUUAGUAAUAAGAUUUACAAAAAAAUUAUACGUAAAAAACUGGCAUCGGAACUUGCUCCAACUUUAAUAUUUUUCAUAAUUUGUAUUAGAUUACUGUGGUAGUUAUGGCCUUGUAUGGGGUUGAAGAGCUUUUCAAGUGGUUGGUCCAAAAAUAUAACAAUUAUUUAAGGAUCAUUCUUAAAAUCGUUAUUAGAGUAUAAGCAUCCAUAUGGUAAGUGUUAUUAUACCGUACCACUUCUUUUCAAUCUAUUUUACGUCAUACCCUUCAUUAUAUAUUGUAUCAUAAUUAUAUCAAGAAUCGUUUAUUACCACAAAAAAGUUAAAAAAUAUGAAAAAAUUAAGUACCGUAAAAGGUAA